AUGUGUAAUAAAUUGUCAAGGGGUAGUAAUAUGAACAAGUCAGAAUUAGGAGAUAGGAGUACAAAAAUGAAAGGAAAGAUUUGCUCAAGUUACGUAAAAUAUAUAUGUUUAACAAUAUGUGUUAUAGGAAUGUUAUGUAUAAAAUUAAGGGAUAAAUAUGAAGGAUAUGCUGCUUCAGGUAUACAAAACAAUAAUGUAUAUUUAAGAAAUUUAUCAGAGUUACAAAAGGGAAAUCAACCUUGCUUGAGACAUACAAACAGAACGGAUAAUUCAAAGAUGAACAAAGUCAAAAAUAAUAAUCAGACAGAAAAUAAUGACAACAAAAAAAAGCUAGGUAAUAAGGAAGAUAACCAGGGAAAAAAUAAAAAUAAUAAUAAUAAAGAAAAACAAAAUGACAUUAAUAAAAGAGGAACACAAAAUACCGAAACUAAAAAAAGUAAUAAAAAAUUAAGUCAGGACUAUAAUGAUGUAAAUAAGAAAUUUACAAAAGAACAAAUGAAAAAUUUAGUUAAUUCAUUAGAUGAAAUUCCACCCCGAAACGAUAUGGAAAAGAUAUGGAAUCAUGCCGUUAAAACAGCUAAUAGUGGAACAAGCAGAAUUAAAAAAAAAUUAAAAGAAUAUGAACAAAAAUAUGGAAGAUGCUAUGAAGAGAGACCAAAUCGUUUUGGAUCAUAUGAACAGGUGUUAAUAAGCCAGCCACAUGAAUUUAAUGAAAGAUUAAAAGUUCAUGAAAAUGAUUAUACUGUUUUUUUUUAUGAACUACUUGAUAAAGACCCUACACUUGAUGAAAUAAAAAAUUAUAUUACUUCAUUUUUAGAAGGUUUUCAAAAUUUGAUAGACUUUCUUUUUAAUAAAUAUAAAAUUAUAUUUUUGCAAACAACUACGGAAAUUCCUAUAGACGGAACUAUUUAUGAUACCAGUAAGAAAGAUAUGAAGAAAAAUAAAAACAAAAAGCAAAAUAUAAAACAAGGAGGUAAAAAGGAAGAGGUAAAACAAGAAGGUAAAAAGGAAGAGGUAAAACAAGAAGGUAAAAAGGAAGAGGUAAAACAAGAAGGUAAAAAGGAAGAGGUAAAACAAGAAGGUAAAAAGGAAGAGGUAAAACAAGGAGGUAAAAAGGAAGAGGUAAAACAAGGAGGUAAAAAGGAAGAGGUAAAACAAGGAGGUAAAAAGGAAGAGGUAAAACAAGGAGGUAAAAAGGAGGAGGUAAAACAAGGAGGUAAAAAGGAGGAGGUAAAACAAGGAGGUAAAAAGGAAGAGGUGAAAAAAGAAUUAAAAAAAAACAAUUAA